GAGGAAUUCCGGUUGCUUUGCUUGAUCCUUCGCUCUGUGUUACUGGAUGCCUACACUGUGGCUACUUCUCUUCCGGCCCAGAAUUCUUCAGAUUCCAGGCUAUCAUCCGAUGAUCAAUAUCGUCUCACCCUAUCUGCAGAACAGCUUGAGGCCAGUCAGUUGCUUCUUAAUCUAUUAAGACAGUUGAAGCACGACGAUCCAAAAAUCAAAGACGGCAUUGAAAUGGUUCUCUUCUCGGUAUACAUGCCGAAAAACACCCUUCAAAUGUUCGACGACAGUUAUAUAAACCCAGUGGUCGCCUAUAUCUGCCUUCGGUCGGUUGAUAGUGAUGGCGGAUUUCUACCACCCUCACUGCUCACCAAUCCUCAUGUCAAGACCCAGUUCUGCAUACGUCUGUUCAUUUUGGAGUUCAUUCGGCAGCAAUAUCAAGCAUACGUACGGAGUCUGGCAGCUCCUCCGGCUGCAGAGAUAAAGAUCAAGCGUACGAGGCGUGGAGGGAUUGUAUUGGAUGAUGAAGAUGAAGUCGCAGGAGUGAGAGCAUCCGGGAAGAUGCCCACCGAAAUGAUCUUAGCGCAAGGUUUGGAGGACGAUGGAGAACCAUGGAUGAAAUAUGCGUCAACUAUUAUCACCCGGUGGGCUACCGAAGGACAGAUAUCUCCCUUUGCUGUUACCAGAGAAUGGAUUCGUGCCCUGAGCAAUGUCGCAAGAAAUGCUCCAGCUCCUGCGAUGGUGGUGUGGGAUGAUGCUGGCCAACAGGUCCGGUUACAAGGACAAAUCAUCAACAUCUCUGAAUAUAAGAUAAAGCUCCAAGGCACGCUGCAGGACGCCCUUACUUUCAUGCAUCAAAAGGUUCUACGUGGCCUGCCCCUGCCUCCAAGUGCCCUCGGCAUUCCCAACAAUGAUAGUUACAACCAAACAACGCGGGGCUACGGUCUAUUCACGUAUUCCCAGGAAGACUUAGACAACCCUGACCAUCCUGCUUCGUGCUUCCUCGAAGCCCUCUGUGUCCAGGGCGUUCUUUGCAGAAGCACCGAUGAUGGUGAUAUUUUGUGGGAUCAAGCCGAGGUUGCACGGUGGUCAAGUGACAUUUCUUAUAUGCUUUCCCAACUCUACAUUCUCCUACAUAUGCUCUCCCCGCCCGGUCGAGGAACAGAGGAAAUUUUGUGGCAGUAUGCCAACUCUGCUGACAGCCGCCGUCACCUAUUUCAGUCCCGGACGUUGAAAAGUCUGGUGAUGAUAGGGAAUUACGACAAGGGUACCACUACUACAGGACUGCAUAAGUGCAUUGUGCGGGUCAUCCACACCAAAGUAGCAGAGCUACUUGCGAUCUACCUUCGCGUCAUCAGGCCCAUGGAACUAUUACUUGCACUUACAUUUCAGGAGGGCAGGCUGGACAGAGAGGCCGAAAUUGCUCAUCUCUACCAGACUCGGCUUUUUGUGUCCUUUGGCAAGGCAUGGACCCCACAGCGCCUUUCUGACGUCAUUCAUGACUGGUACACGACCCAUCUUGGAUUGCCUAUUGGCAUGAGGCUGCACAGGCAUUUUGCGCAGGCGCUCCAACGACGUCUUUAUUCCAAACCGGGCAUGGACCCUGGUACACAAUUAUUGUCUGAAACAGCCAACCAGGCAUUAGGUCACGGCCGAGAGGCUGGUGAAAUGAAUUACGCUAGGGAAGACGGUGAUAUAUUGACGAUGUCCCAGCAAGAGCUGUUUGAAAGGGUGGGAAGAGACUGGAUGGUAUUUCUUGGGUUUGAAGCACCUGAAGCGUUGUAAUAUUUUUCACCCAGGCCAAUUAUAAAUGACAAUCUUUUGUAUACUUUUGACAAGAUCUUUCCACAUGUCAUUUGCACAAUAUCAACAGACACAGUGUAUUUACAGUUGCAGAAUUCCCCGAUGGACGCCGUGUUCCAUAUA